AGUGGGCGGAGUGCGCUCCCAGGCGCAUGCGGGAGGGGGUGGCUGUCGGCCAGGUGGGGAAGCCGGGCGCCUGGGAACGGUUUGCUGGGGACGCUUUCAUCGGCCGGCAGUGGUUGUAAACUUGGCCGUUCCGGGACCCUGGUGGCUGCUACCAUGAGGUUAAAUCAGAACAUCUUGCUGCUGGGGAAGAAGGUGGCGCUGGUACCCUACACCUCAGAGCAUGUACCUAGAUACCAUGAGUGGAUGAAAUCAGAGGAGCUGCAGCGUCUGACAGCGUCUGAGCCGCUGACCUUGGAGCAGGAAUAUGCGAUGCAGCACAGCUGGUGGGAGGAUGCGGACAAGUGUACCUUUAUUGUGCUGGAUGCAGAGAAGUGGCAGGCCCAGCCAGCUGCCACCGAAGAGAGCUGCAUGGUGGGAGAUGUGAACCUCUUCCUCACAGAUCGAGGGGACCCCUCCUUGGGGGAGAUUGAGGUCAUGAUUGCAGAGCCCAGCUGCAGGGGCAAGGGCUUCGGCACUGAGGCUGUUCUCAUGAUGCUAUCUUAUGGAGUGACCAGGCUGGGUCUGACCAAGUUUGAGGCUAAAAUUGGGGAAGGAAAUGAACCAAGCAUUCAGAUGUUCCGAAAACUUCACUUUGAGCAGGUGGCUGUGAGCACUGUCUUCCAGGAGGUGACGCUCAGACUGAUGAUGAGUGAGCCAGAGCGGCAGUGGCUUCUGCAGCAGACCAGCCACGUGGAAGAGAAGCCCUACAGAGAUGGGUCAUUGGAGCCCCACUGACAGUAGGCCUGGUGGGCAGCCACCCUGUGUAAAUGGGUGUGUCAGGACCACACACUCCAGAAGACCAGAACCCUGCAACAGGAGGUGAAUGGACAGGGUCUGCAGGGCAGAGUGGCCCUGGCCCCGCUCCAGGCUGGGCAUCUCCUUUCGGGGCCUUUCAAACUCUAGGUCGGACUUGCCUUGGCCUCCCUCAGGCUGGCAGCGACUCCAGGGCCAGCCCCUUCUCCUGCCCAAACCUGGAUUCAGACUCUCAGAACCUGGAGUGGACAGCACGAAUCCACGGGAGGAGGCUGGGUGGGGGUAAGCUGGAGAUGAAGGGGGUCUGGUGAAUGGGCAGGACCUCCCUUUCCCCUGCAAGGCCAGAGGCACAGCCCUGGCCAGCAGUAAAGCACACUGUACGGCCAGCUUUCCCCGUGUUCUCAUUGGGCCCGUGUGGAAGCCUGCAGCAUCUGAGCCAGUGUGGUAGGAAUGGGGCAGGGGUAGCUCAGUCCUCUUGUCCUGCGGAAGCAGGCUGGGUGUGACCCCGGAAGGUCUGGAAAUGAAUGAGGUGGAUCAUGGAAGGACAGACAGCUGGCUUGGAAAAUGGGUGAGCGUUCCCACUCCUUCUUUCUCUCCUUUGGAGCCAGUUUUGAGUGUUGAGUAAGUUAAUUUGGAAUACAGCUCCUUGUGACUUGAGAGCACCCCUCUGCUGAUGAAGCUUUGGGCCUCCUGCUUAGUUGCAGGGGCUGCAGGAGGAAGCAAAGGCCACUCAGCGGUACCCUCUGGAAGGCACCUGUGUCCUCCCCCUCUCCUCCCCUCACCCCUCCACCUCUGGGAGCAGCUGCACCUAACAAGGCCACGAGGGGGCGCCGGAGGCACAGGCUCGGGAUGGCCAGGCUGCCUGGCACCCGUUGCUUAACAGGCAGAGCCCGGUCAGGACUCCCCACCUCAGAGCAAGGGGGCCACGUUUUGACUUCUACCUGUCCCUUGUGCACUGUCAUAAUCUGGGGUGGCUAUCAAGAAAGGCUCGGCAUGUCUCAAAACACAGUCAUGGGAAAAACUCUUGAGGGCACCUAGGGCAUUUUGAGGGGAGGAAACAGUCCCAGGCAAGUUGAGGCGACUGACUUGCCCAAGGCCUCAAGAGUUUGAGAGGGCAGAGCCAGAAUUAUUGCUGAGGCUUUCCCCUCCCAGUCCUCUCGAUCCUGGCUCUCACACAGGUGUGCAUGUGAAAAACUAGACUCUAAAAAUGUGCCUGGAUCUAAGACACAAGCUUCGCUUGCUGGGGCCCCCUUUGUACUAUGCCCCGGUCCCUCAGGGAUAGGCAUUCCCGCUGAGCCACCUGUUCCUUCCACCUGUCUUCAGCUUAACCAGAGUCAAAGGUCCCUACAGCUUCCCCACUCAGCAGGUGAUGUAGAGAGGGGCCCCUCCACAGCCCCAUAGGGGAGCCCUCCAUCAGGGGUGAAAGGGUGGACGGGGGGGGCAGGCCAGGCCCAGCCAAGCAGGGCCUGGGGCGACUGGUUCCAUGAUGAGGGUUUUGGAUGGUUCCUCUUAAGGCUGGUGGAAUCCAAACCCUAACAAGGGGCCAAGAUGGUCCGAUAGUGACUCGUCCUCUCAACCCCAAGGGCUCCCCAGGUCCCCUCCCUGGCUCACUCUCUUCUUCUUCUCCUCAGUCCUAGAAACUGGCUUCUGAGUGGUCUCCUGGUUGAGUGGAGAAUAGCCCGGGGCCAACUUCCCUUCCUUCUCUCUGAGCACCUGCCCUGGAACCUCCUAGCCCAGCAGCCUCAGCUCUGGCAGGCCACCCUGGCAGACCCCCAGGACGUGGCCUCAGGUGCCAGGGGCACGGAUCUCUUGUGAAGGAGCGGGGCGUUUCACCCUUGGAAGGUCGUCUCCACCCUAACUGCCACAUGGCAUAUCCCAGGGCCCAGUGGGCCAGGUUUGUUGUCCCCUAGGCCUGGACAACUGCCCUCCAAUCGGGUCCAUGGCCAUAUAAGAUAGAGUAUCUGGCGCCAACUCAGGCCACUCCUGGGAAUCCUGCACCCCGCUGGCUGUGGGCAGAGAGAUUAAAGGCAAGUCUCUGCAUUCCGAACCCAGCUCAUCAGGGCCUCUCACUUUCAGUGCUCCUGGAGUUAGAGGACCUCUCAGAGCCCUCUGAGCAUGUGGCGCUCAGCCCCCACUUCCCACUUUCCCUGAAAAACAUCCCUAUAGGGCAGCCCCAGCAUGCACAGGCAUGUUGACCACCAAGUGAAGUACACAGGAGCUGGGUGGGUCUCGCUCCCAUGGGGCUCACAGCCUGGACACCUGGGCAGCUACAGGCUCGAGGCCUGAUUAAAGCUACUCACCUCCCAUGCCCAGGCUAGGGAGGGAGCCCUGGAUCAUCCUCUCCCUCCAGCUGUACCCUACCCUCUCAGCCAGAGGCCACCCUAGGAACACCCGUUUGUCAUAUUUCAAGGCCAGAGCUCUAAAGGAAGACACAGAGGCCGAGGUGGUUUGGAGAAAUCAGUUGGAUUGCUGACAGAGUUUCCUUAUAAUGGUGGUGCCUGGCUCAGGGCUGGGCUGGGCAUCUUCAAACCCUCCCCAUGCUGCCAGGGUCUCUAGGGUAGGAGAAGAAACAAAGUUUAAGGCUGGGGCUGCUGCUAUGUCCAGGAUGCAACAACCCAGAAAAUCAUGUUAAUCAAAGAAACAAAAAUCCCUCUAAACUCUGUGAUACUGCACUCUUUAAAAAAAAAAAAAAA